AAAGUCGUCUCGAACUUCUAUAGUUUCACACUUCUGUUUCGACGAAACAAGGACAACCAAUACAACAAACUGAACUCUUUCCUUUCUUCACCGUGGAACGAUACGGCAGCAAAAUUAAUUACUCAAAGUUUCAUAAUGCGAUGUCGCUAUCGGCGAUGUCGAAGCCGAUCCUGUACUCGUACUGGCGGAGUUCCUGCUCGUGGCGCGUCCGGAUAGCGCUGAACCUGAAGGAGAUCCCGUACGACAUCAAACCGAUCAGCCUGAUCAAGUCGGGCGGCGAGCAGCACUGCAACGAGUAUCGCGAGGUUAACCCGAUGGAGCAGGUCCCGGCGCUGCAGAUUGAUGGUCAUACCUUAGUGGAGUCCGUCGCGAUCAUGCAUUACCUGGAGGAGACGCGCCCACAGCGUCCGCUGCUGCCUCAGGACGUCUUGAAGCGGGCCAAGGUGCGCGAAAUCUGCGAGGUCAUCACGUCCGGCGUCCAACCACUCCAAAAUCUGAUCGUCCUCAUCCACGUCGGCGAGGAGAAAAAGAAGGAGUGGGCCCAGCACUGGAUUACCCGCGGCUUUCGGGCCAUAGAGAAGCUCCUGUCGACUUCGGCCGGUAAGUUCUGCGUCGGGGACGAAAUCACCCUGGCCGACUGCUGCCUGGUUCCGCAGGUCUUCAACGCGCGACGCUUCCACGUAGAUCUGCGCCCGUAUCCGAUCAUUUUACGGAUCGACCGCGAGCUCGAGGGCCAUCCGGCGUUCCGGGCUGCGCAUCCCUCGAACCAGCCGGAUUGCCCACCGGAAGCGGCCAAGUAAGCGGGAGCGCAAAAUUGAAUUGGUGGGGUCGUAUGCCGUACUUUGGCGAUGUCUAGUCGAAAUGUUCACCAAGAGAGUUCAUUCUAUACACAGCAGAUAUUUGUAUACCAUAUAUUGAAGCUUUUAGAUCCGGGCAGAUUAUUUACACAACGAGAAAUAGUGUUUGAAAUGUUAGAAAAAGUUUUAACCAGAAGCAAAUCUAUAUCAUACCAAAUGUAACAACAGAGAACAAAACGCUAGACAAAGCACUGGUAAAUGCUUUUAAGAAAAGUGUUUACCUUUUUCGAAACACAGGCAAACAUUUAUCCCUUACUUUGUAUUCAUUCCAUUCAAAACCAAGAUGGCCAAUCGUAACAAUCAUCUAAAAAAAACCUACGAUUUUAUUGCAUUCUAUUACUAUUAACCUCUAUACUACAAGCGAGCGUCAAAAGCGAAAGAGUAUUUGUGUCUAUAUUGUAACGCGUAAACAUUUGUGUUGUAUUUUUUCGUGAUUCUUAAAUUUUAAUCGAAAACAAAACAGGUGUGAAAAAAAUAUGUUAGCUUUCUCCCUAUUGACUUUUAUUACCCCAUCCCAAUACCACGUCUGUGUCAUUGCUGAAUUUAUGUCUGAGUAACUCUAAAUAUUAUACCCACCAUCGUUCAGAACAAUCCAACAGAAAUAUACGAGCAUUAAAUUGUGA